AUGUCCCUGCUUUUGUUCACAAGUUUUCUCUUAGCCUCUCAUGGCUCGCCGUCGCAGGAUGCCCUACAGAUGUUGGCUCUGCCGGCAUCCCUCGCCCAAGGUCAAGGCUCUGGCGAUGGCGGCAGCGGCAGCAUGUCAGGCCAGUGCCUGCUUCAGCUGCUUAACAUGGACAGCGGCAUCCACGACGUCCAUAUGCUCAUGUCCCUCUGGCCAGCGCUGCUUGUGGCAGGUCUCGCCGUGUUGAAGGGCGGCUGGCUUGCGGCGGUGGUUGGAAGCAACGUGUUCCUGCCAGCCUUCAUCGCCGGAUUCGGAAAGUACCUCGUGGCCUUCCGGCUGCGGCCUGAAUCAGAUCUUGAAAACGAGGCGCUGCAUCUGGAUUUCCUUCCCCCCGGGCCGCAGAUGAGUUCCCACGUUGAGCUGCGGAUCGCAGCAGUGCUGGGUGCCAUCGUGGGCUUCUCCGCGCUGAGCGUGUGCAGCUGGAUCUACACCGUCAGAACCCGAUCGCCGGAGGAGACACGACCGCACGUGGCCUAUUUGAUUCAGGCAUACCGACCUGAGUGUGCCAUUUGGGAGGCCAGCUUGUCUUGUCGGGUCGAUCAUCAUAGUCGUAGCCUGCAGAGCGCUUCCUUUAAAGGGUUAAAGGGUUCCCGGUUACCACAAGGUUUUUACUAG